GAAAGUGCGGCGGAAAGUAAGAGGCUAGUCGGGGGACGGCAGCCAGGAUCUGGAUCUCCUGGUCUCUGCUUGGACUCGGGAUCCAAAGAGACAGUGGCCGGCCACCCUGCACCCUUCCCGUCGCUGUCGCGGAGCCCUCUCGGCUGGCCCAGGAAGGAUGGGACUACUAUGGUGUUUGAUGAGUCUGUCCUUCUAUGGGAUCCUGCAGAGUCAUGCCUCAGAACGCUGUGAUGACUGGGGACUAGAUACAAUGAGACAAAUCCAAGUGUUUGAAGACGAGCCAGCCCGCAUCAAAUGUCCCCUCUUUGAACACUUCUUGAAGUACAACUACAGCACUGCCCACUCCUCUGGACUUACCCUGAUCUGGUACUGGACCAGGCAAGAUCGGGACCUGGAGGAGCCCAUUAACUUCCGCCUCCCAGAGAAUCGCAUCAGUAAGGAGAAAGAUGUGCUCUGGUUCCGGCCCACCCUACUCAAUGACACAGGCAAUUACACCUGCAUGUUGAGGAACACUACAUAUUGUUGCAAGGUUGCCUUUCCACUGGAAGUCGUUCAGAAGGACAGCUGCUUCAAUUCCCCCAUGAGACUCCCAGUGCAUAAACUGUACAUCGAGCAUAGUAUUCAUAACAUCACAUGUCCAAAUGUGGAUGGCUACUUUCCUCCCAGUGUCAAACCAGCUGUCACUUGGUAUAAGGGUUGUACUGAAAUCGUGGAUUUUCAUAAUGUACUACCUGAGGGUAUGAACUUGACCUUUUUCAUCCCCUUGGUUUCAAAUAAUGGCAAUUAUACAUGUGUUGUCACAUAUCCAGAAAACGGACGCCUCUUUCACCUCACCAGGACUAUGAGUGUGAAGGUGGUAGGCUCGCCAAAAGAUGCAUUACCACCCCAGAUCUACUCUCCGAAUGACCGUGUUGUCUAUGAGAAAGAACCAGGAGAGGAGCUUCUCCUCCCCUGUAAAGUCUAUUUCACUUUCAUCAUGGACUCCCACAAUGAGAUCUGGUGGACCAUCGAUGGAAAGAAGCCUGAUGAUGUCACUGCUGACAUCACCAUUAAUGAAAGUAUAAGUUAUUCCCCAACAGAGGAUGAAACAAGGACUCAGACUUUGAGCAUCAAGAAAGUCACCCCUGAGGAUCUCAAGCGCAACUAUGUCUGUCAUGCUCGAAAUACCAGAGGGGAAGCUGAGCACGCAGCCAAGGUGAAACAGAAAGUAAUACCGCCGAGGUACACUGUGGAACUCGCCUGUGGUUUUGGAGCCACGGUAUUUCUAGUGGUGGUUCUCAUCGUGGUCUACCAUGUUUACUGGCUGGAGAUGGUCCUUUUUUACCGGGCUCACUUUGGAACAGAUGAAACAAUUCUCGAUGGAAAGGAGUAUGAUAUUUAUGUUUCCUAUGCAAGAAACGCCGAAGAAGAGGAAUUUGUGUUGCUGACGCUCCGUGGCGUUUUGGAGAAUGAAUUUGGAUACAAGCUGUGCAUCUUCGACAGAGACAGCCUGCCUGGGGGAAUUGUCACAGAUGAGACCUUGAGCUUCAUUCAGAAAAGCAGACGCCUCCUGGUUGUCCUAAGCCCCAACUACGUGCUCCAGGGAACACAGGCCCUCCUGGAGCUCAAGGCGGGCCUAGAAAAUAUGGCCUCCCGGGGCAACAUCAACGUCAUUUUAGUACAGUACAAACCUGUGAAGGACAUGAAGGUGAAAGAGCUGAAGAGGGCUAAGACGGUACUCACGGUCAUUAAAUGGAAAGGGGAGAAAUCCAAGUAUCCCCAGGGCAGGUUCUGGAAGCAGCUGCAGGUGGCCAUGCCAGUGAAGAAGAGUUCCAGGUGGUCUAGCAGUGACAAGCAGGGCCUAUCCUAUUCGUCCCUGAAAAACGUAUGAAAGGGAAAGCGAAGGAGAGAAAAGAACAAAUGGGCUCACGGGGGGUAAGAGCCCCCUUCUUCCCUCCUAGGCUGUGGCUUCAUAGAUAGAAAGAGAACCCUAUCUAAGCCCCUCAUAGGGAAACAUCCUAGGGACUGCGUGACUGGCAGUUUUGCUUCUCAGGCAAACUUAAGGGUUAGAGUGAUAUUCUCUACAGUCUGCCGCCAGGUCUAAAGCCAUUAUGAUAUUUGCGAGUCAACAUCCUCAUCCAUCUCUGUUCCCCCCUCUCUUUUAAUCUCUUUGUAAAAAUGUCACCAUUAUGGAGCCCCUUUGCCCAGUGACUCAAAGCUCCUUUAAAGAUGGGUUAUCUGCUGAUGGGAGUAUCGCCUGUUUCUCCAUAGGAUUUUCCUUGAGUUUUACUUUAUUUUCAGUCUUCCAUUGAACAUAUCACCAGAGGUUAGAUCUAUUUCAACUGAGGAUAAUUCACUCCAUGGCUUAUUUGUCUGUUGAAUCCAGCACCUCAGUAAGACUAACAGUCAAACUACAGCUGUUCCUCAUGGCGAAUUAAGUGGCAGACCACUUUCUUACUACUAAAACCACAUUUCCCUUGUCUCAGGUAAUGGAUAGCAUAUUUAUAAACUUGACAAAGUCACAGCUUUUGCCUUAUCAUAGUAGCUUCUCAAGGGUGUACAGAUAGAGAGGUUCACACUUGUCACUCUCUCUCCCUACCUAUAGUGCCCAUCGUCCAUGCUUCAUAGGAGGCACCAAGCUUUUACGGGUGCUAACAGAAAAGCAAGAAAAUGCUCUCAGAGCAUUCUUGACACCAGAAGAGAACAGAGAGCAGGAUACGUACAGUUUGUCUUUUAAUUCCAACCUUACUAAUGGGAGAACCAGGGAAGUGGUUAAUCCCUGCUCGUUUGCACCUCUUCAUUAUGAAGUGGAGUUGAGAGGUAGCGAUUUUCCUUUUGGCACUACUAUUCUAAAAGAAUGACCAUGUCCAGUAAUUUAUUCACGAGUACACGUCGUACCUUGUUUCAAAUAAAUCACCCUGAAAGUCACUGUUGAUGAAACUGGGGUUUUUUGGUUUUAAGCAGAGUUUUACUAUUUCUCAGACUUGUAACAGUGAAAACUAAAUACAUUUGCGUUUAGAGUGGCCAGUUUCUACGUCAUGUCUAGCAUGUGUGUAUACAUAUACACACCUGCGAUAUCGGUACAUGUGAAUUAUAUGUGUGUAUGUAUAUAGAAAUUCCCACAAACUAUGUGUAUGUGUGUAUAUCCACUUGCCUAUAAAUUAUCUGUGUGUGUAUGUAUUUGGGGCUAUACAUAAUCACAGCACGUAUAUCUUUAAACAACCAUUGUUACAAUAUUGAAAGCCGGUAGAAUUGUUGUCCAGUUUUAAAAUUUAUGUUUAUAGUGCAGUGGUUUUCUGUUGGUGCUUUCAUUCCACUACUGUUUUAUUUGUGACUUCUUGGUUCUGUUUAUAGUUAUCAGAGAUCUUGCCUCCCUUGGACUAGUAUGAAUGACUUACUGUUCCUGCAGCUGAUCUGGGUUGCAGGGCUAUCUCUUGUCCAGGGACUUCCCAUUGUCACUGUUCAACAGUAGGCAGUCACCUGAUAUCAGUGGAUUUUCUACUGUAUUUCCUACAAGACACAUUUAGAGUCCAAGUUAUGUGAAUCUCAGUGCUCAGUCGUGUGGACUACUGACUGAUGAAGAGAAACAGACAUAGCUAUAAAUGAGUCUGAGUAUUCCAUGAAACGCAACUCCUCAUUUAAGGAAGACUUUAUCCAAGUUGUGUUAAUGUUAAUAAGCAAUUUUGAAAUUUUCUCUUAUUUUAAGUGUUCACCAGUACUGAUGUCUGCAAUAAAUCAUUGCUCUGUGUUAGAAUUAUUGGUUACUUAAAUUGAAAAAGAGUUCCUUUGCGAAUAUUUGACAUAAAACUAUAAUAUAUAGUCUUUUUAAGUUUUUUUUUUAAAGUUUAGUGCUUUUUGUUAUUUCACAUAAUUACCAUUUCCACUAAUAACACUUUAAUCACAGUACCAGAUGAAAGCCGGCCCCAGAUAAGCUUUGAAUGUUACUUCUAGCAUUAGUUAUAGGAAAGCAAGGGGCAAGCUCCUCACUGCAGGCCAGUCUCUGCACCGUGUAGUUUCUGCCCUGCUGGAUUCUCAGCCCCACUGCUGUUUUUUACCCCUAGAAAUGCUUCACGGUUUCCUAUUUAUACUCCUUUGUUGUACUGACCCUGCUCCAAUGCUAUAGUGUAAAGCAUCUCAAACCUAAAGAACGUAUCUCAUCCUAAGAGAACUUAGUUUCAAGACUCUUGUCUGAGUUUCAGAAGAUGCUCCAUACAGAAUAGCAGAGCUCUGGAGAAGGGGGUCACACACUUGUCCUUAGAGGGCAAGAAGAUACAUCAUGUCUCUUAUGAAUAAAAAAGCAUCCUCCAUAGUUUUAGGUUUAUGACAAAGGGAACGUCUGCACCCAGGUUAACAGAGAACCAUGCUAUAUAGAGUAUCCUACUUACACAGUCACAGUGGUUUAUUUAAUUGUCUUUUGUACUUUAAAUGACUCCCUGGGAUUCUAAUAAGAAAGUACUGUCCUCUACUGGGAAACAAACAUCACUCCACUUGUUACUUACGCAUCGGUUUCCAUGGGUUUUAGUACUUUAUGACCGUCUUUUUAAUUUUAUUCAUACACAUUUGUAUUUUCCAUUUUCAUUUGAUUUGUAUAUUUUCAUAUUUUUUACAAUAAACCAUUUAUUUUCAACUUUGAA